AUGGUCCUCAUCACAGCAGCUGUACUGACGACAGUGGCCUUUGCCGGCCCCGCCGCCGGCAGCUACGCCUUCUACGUUGGCAGGGACUUGACGGCCGACGGAAGUGUCAUGGUGGGCGGCACGGGAGAGGAGGUGUCGUCGCACUGGUUGCAGCUGUUCCCGGCGCGCGACCACGCAGCCAACGCCACCAUCACCGUCGGCGUCACCCCCAAGGCUAGCAUCCCCGGCGAGCUGUUCCAGAUCCCGCAGGUCAACCAUACCUUUCGCUACCUGUCGAUGGAGUACUCGGACUUUGAGGGCUUCCCGGCGCCGCUGACCAACGGAGGUGUCAAUGAGUACGGCGUCGCGGUCCGGGAUGUUUGGGCGCAGAACCGCGACGAGCUGGUCGAGAUGACGCCGACUCCCCAGCACGGCGUGCAAUAUAGCGACUUGGCCAGGAUUGUACUCGAGAGGGCCAAGACGGCCAGGGAAGGAGUGGAGAUGAUCGGAAAACUGAUGGAUCAGUACGGCGAGGCGACCUACGGUGGCAACACGCACCUGGUCGCGGACAAGGACGAGGGCUGGGUUGUUUGGGAGAUGGCGGGCGGUAAAAAGCUGUGGGCUGCCGAACGGUUGAAGACCGAUGUCGUGCGGGUGCUGUACCCUGGCUAUAUUGAAGACUUUCCCGUCGACUUUGCCAAUAGCUCGGAUUACAUGGGCUCGGCCAACAUCGUCUCGUUUGCCGUCGAUCAAGGGUGGUGGGAUCCCAAGAGUGGCGAGGCCUUCAACAUCUUCAACGCAUACGGCGACAGGGGCGACAACAAGACUGCUCGCGACGGCGGGUUCAAGUUCAUGUCUCAAGCGGCGCUGGAGAAUGCCACGCUGGCCAUGAAACCUCUAACGGAGGAGAAGCUGAUGGAGCGGGUGCGCGACGUGCGAAUCUCGGACGACGAGGCCGGGUAUGGACAGGUGGUCAGCCUCAAGGCGGGCGUGGACCGAGACAUGUUGCGGAUCUGGAUAGCACCCACUGGGUCCGUCGCGGCGCCAUUUGUUCCCUGGUGGCUGGGAGUCAACAAUAUCCCGCCCGAGUUUGCCGAGCACCGUUACCUGACCACGGGGGCGUCGAGCAGCUUUUUGAACCCCGAUUUUGAGCUGCAGGAGGCAAGCGAGUUCGCCGGAAGGAUCUUCAAACGGGUCAUGUACUAUAUGUGUUCCGCUCCCGAAACGUUCCACCCGGUCGUUACUAGCAUGUUGACCGGAUUCGAGAACCAAAGCCGUAGCGACAUUGACUGGGUGCAGAAAAGCGCCGAGUUGCUGAUCAAGUCUGGCGAUCGAAAGACGGCAACCCAGCUUUUGACCUAUUAUUCCCACAGUCGUGCGGCCAAGGCUCUCGAGCUGGGCAAGUCCAUGACUGCAGCGCUAGACGGCUACAUAAAGCUGACAGGACAGUGGAAGAAUCCGGUUGGCAGUGAGAUCAACGAUGCUGGAGAAGGAGCCGAGACGGUGAACUGCUUGGUGGGAUAUGCUCCUGACCAACCUAUCUGGAAGCAACCCGCGAAUCCUAGGAGGAAGAGGAACGCGGAGAGGGCAAUGGUCUACCAGCGUCCGGAAUUCAUGUCAACUCAGGCACUACCCCUCGAUGACCAGGGCCUAAUUCAGUCGCUUCCGCCAACAGAUGAAGAGGCCAAUGCGACGGAAACAAUACCAACAGUUGCAUCUACGCUACAAGGCCACGGUGAUCAUAUGCCAGAUGCCGACAGCGAGGAUGCGCCCUUUCUCUCCCCCAGCAACGACCCAGACGUUGAUGCAAAGGGGUCAUGGACACCACCACCGGGCUUCCUCUGGAUCGAGGCCGCCAUCAUGGCAAACGUGUUUCUGUAUGGUUUCGACAGCACCAUCAUGGCGUCGACCUACGCCAUCAUCAGCUCCGAGUUCGACGCCGCCAACACGGCCUCGUGGCUGACAACGUCAUACCUGGUCACCAGCACCGCAUUCCAGCCGCUAUACGGUCGUUUCUCUGACCUUUUCGGAAGGCGACCCUGCUUCUUUGUUAGCAGUGCUACGUUUGCUCUCGGCUGCUUGGGUUGCGGGCUAGCCACGGAUGUAGUCUUUCUGAAUAUCAUGCGUGCCUUGACUGGAUUUGGGGGUGGUGGGCUGGUGACACUGGCAACAAUCAUCAACUCGGACAUGAUACCUUUCCAACGGCGAGGAAUGUACCAAGCACUACAAAACGGCUUUGUAGGCUUCGGUGCAAUAGCUGGGGCGUCCCUGGGAGGUGCCGUCGCCGAUAUUAUCGGGUGGCGCUGGUGCUUCCUUUCGCAAGUUCCCAUCUCGGUCGCUGCUCUCGUUCUCGGCUGGUUCGUUGUCCAGAACCCAAAGUCAAGCGUCUCUUCUGAACGCGGUGUCAGUCCUCUCCGCGCCAUAUGGUCCAAGGUCGACAUUUCCGGCGCUUUAGUCCUGGUUGUCGCCAUCUCCGUGCAGCUAGUCGCACUGAGCCUUGGAGGCAACGAACUGCCCUGGUCCAGUCUCUGGGUUGUUGGGUCACUCAUUGGGAGUUCGCUCCUCUUCGCCUUGUUUUUCACAAUCCAACACCGCACCACUGCCAUCCCCGUCAUUCCUCUACGCCUUCUCCACGGUUUUCUCCCAACGGUCACCCAGUUGGCCAAUGUUAGCCUUGGGCUUUCGGCCUAUGCGUACAUCUUCAUGCUCCCACUCUUCUGCCAGGUCGUGCUGGGGGACUCAGCAACCAAGGCCGGCGCACGCCUCGUCAUCCCGUCGCUGGCAUUGCCUUUGGGUGGACUCAUCACUGGGAUAGUAAUGUCUCGCUGGGGAAGCCUUGUUGGACUGAUGCGAGCAGGUGCCAUUGUAAUGUUGAUCGGCAACGCCUUGACCACAUCUCUCAAGUUUGUUGAUGACCACUGGAAAUACUUUGUCUACAUCUUUCCCGCCAACCUAGGUCAGGGCAUUGCGAUGCCUGCCAUGCUUUUCACUGGAUUGGCGACGUUUGAGCAUACAGAUCACGCCGUUUCCGCAUCCGUAACCUACCUUAUCCGGUCUCUGGGGUCAGUUUGGGGUGUCGCACUUACAUCAGCCAUCUUGCAGACGACACUGAGCACACGACUCCCAGAUGUUUUGGGAGACAUUGAGAACAAAGAUGAAAUAAUUGAGGCCAUCCGCCACUCAAUCACUGCACUCAAGGGACUCCCCGAUGAUGUUCAAACUCAAGCGCGAAUGGUGUACUACGAGGGUAUACAUAACGCCUUUGCUGCAUCGACCGCAUUUGCUGGAUUUGCCGUGGUCAUGACAUUCCUGGCGAAUCCCCGUGGCUUACGAAGAAGCCUCAAUUGA